UUCUCGCUGUCACUCUACAAAUUUGCUUUACUCUGCUGAAGUUUUCGAAAAAUAGUCAAUUUCCCUUAAGUUUUAGCUUCUUCAAGAUCCAAAUUUGUUGUAACAUUAAUAUUUUCUUGCUUUUUAUAUCCUGAAAGGAGCAAAAUACUUGAUCAAAAAGAAGAAAUAUUUUAUUUGUUUUUUUUAACUAAAUCUAGCAUGGCAGAUAUUUUAUGGAAAAUGGGAGCAAUGUUAUCGUCUGAUCAUAGCUCAGUGGUGCCAAUAAACCUGUUCGUGGCACUACUUUGUGCGUGUAUAGUAAUUGGUCAUUUACUAGAGGAGCAGCGAUGGAUGAACGAGUCCAUUACUGCACUUGCUGUAGGUUUGUGCACUGGAGUUGUGAUUUUGCUAACAACAGGAGGAAAGAGCUCGCAUCUCUUAGUUUUCAGCGAAGAUUUAUUCUUUAUUUAUCUGCUUCCGCCAAUCAUCUUUAACGCUGGGUUCCAGGUAAAGAAGAAGCAGUUUUUCCGCAACUUCAUGACUAUCAUGCUGUUUGGCGCAGUCGGUACUCUGAUAUCCACUGCCAUCAUUUCAAUAGGCGCCACUCACUUUUUCAAGAAAAUGAACAUCAGUUCCCUCAGAAUUGGAGACUAUCUUGCAAUUGGAGCAAUAUUUUCAGCCACGGAUUCUGUUUGUACCUUGCAGGUUCUUAACCAGGAUGAGACGCCUUUAUUAUACAGUCUGGUUUUUGGGGAAGGUGUGGUAAAUGAUGCAACAUCAGUGGUGCUUUUCCAUGCAAUUCAGAGCAUUGACCUAUCUCACAUCAACUCAAGCAUUGCAGCUGAAUUUCUCGGAAACUUUCUAUAUUUGUUUAUCUCAAGCACCAUACUGGGAGUUCUAACUGGACUACUUAGUGCAUACAUUAUCAAAAAGCUCUACUUCGGCAGGCAUUCUACCGAUCGUGAGGUUGCUCUUAUGAUACUCAUGGCUUACCUUUCAUAUAUGUUGGCCGAGCUAUUCUAUCUAAGCGCCAUUCUCACUGUGUUCUUUUGUGGGAUUGUUAUGUCUCAUUACACAUGGCACAAUGUAACUGAAAGUUCAAGGAUAACAACUAAGCAUGCUUUUGCUACUUGGUCAUUUGUUGCUGAGAUCUUCAUCUUCCUCUAUGUUGGCAUGGAUGCCUUGGAUAUUGAAAAAUGGAAGGUUGUAAGUGAUAGCCCUGGAACAUCAGUUAUGGUGAGUUCAAUACUCUUGGGAUUGGUUCUAGUUGGAAGAGCAGCCUUUGUUUUCCCUCUAUCCUUUUUAUCCAACUUGACUAAGAAGUUCCCGUAUGAGAAAAUAGACAUAAAGCAACAAGUAACAAUAUGGUGGGCAGGUCUUAUGCGUGGUGCUGUUUCUAUGGCUCUUGCUUAUAAUCAGUUCACCAGGUCAGGCCAUACUCAUUUGCAUGGCAAUGCAAUCAUGAUCACCAGCACAAUUACAGUUGUCCUUUUCAGCACAGUGGUGUUUGGAUUGAUGACCAAACCACUAGUGAGGAUCUUGCUUCCAUCACAAAAACACACUGCCAGCAUGUUGUCUUCUGAACCAUCUAGUCCUAAAUCCUUUGCUGUGCCACUGCUCAAUAGACAGGAUUCAGAGGACAACCAGGCCAGCCACAACGUGCCCCGUCGAACCAGCUUGAGGAUGCUCUUGAGCACCCCUUCUCACACAGUCCACCACUACUGGAGAAAAUUUGAUAAUAGCUUCAUGCGACCUGUUUUUGGUGGCCGGGGUUUUGUACCAUUUGUACCUUGCUCCCCCACUGACCAAAGCGUUCAUCAAUGGCAGUGACAGAUUUUCAGAACUAGAGAAUACUAAUCAUUGAAUUUAGGUCAUGCGUGCAAUCGGCUUUUGGUGUGAAAUUUGUCAAUAGCAAAAAAGAUUUCAGAGUGGGGAGGUGCCAUUGACAGAAUUUUGAGUUAACCUGAGUGGCUUGUAAUUUGUUUCCUUUCGGAGCUUGUAAUUUUUUGUGGCUAUGGCUUGUCAAAUGAGAUUGUAUUCCACACAACAGAGUUCUGUAACUCUUCCCAUAUUCAAUUUCUUACUGUAUUCUGGGAUUUUCGAAGAGCAAAA